CAAGAGGAAGAGGAAGAGUUCAGCUUCGUGUUUUCGAAUCCCGAGGUUUCGCCGGUUUCCGCUGAUGAUGUAUUCGAUAACGGCCAGAUCCGGCCGGUGUACCCGAUUUUCGAUCAGAAUCUUCUCUUUUCAGACGAGUACGCCGGGGGAGCAGAACUACGGCCGCCGUUGAAGAAGGUCUUCAUGGAACAACAACAGCGCGACGAGGCUUCAUCGUCUUCGGCGGUUUCGACGGCUGCAGCAACGGAGGGACCGUACUGCGAGUGGUCGCCGAAGAUGGCGGGGAAGAGCAAUUCGACAGGGUUCUCGAAGCUGUGGAAGCUGAGGGACCAUAAGCUUCGGAGCAACAGCGACGGCAAGGACGCAUUCGUGUUCUUGAGUCCGCCGUCGACGGCGAAGACGGAGAAGGCGGGAUCAGGAAACGGCGCCGUUAAGAAGGCAGUUAAAGUGACGAAGGGUAAAACGACGUCGUCGUCGUCGUCGUCUAGUAGUUCUUCGGCGCACGAGAAGCAUUACGUUAUGAACAGAGCGAGGAAAGAGAGUGGUAAACGGCGGUCUUACUUGCCGUAUAGGCAAGAACUCUUUGGGUUCUUCUCUAGUACCACCGCACUCAGUAGAAAUGUUCAUCCUUAUUAGGGAUUAGAAAUUCCUCAAUUUUUCAAUAGACUUGGUUUUAUUAUGUCUGUGUAAAAUGCUCACUAAUCUUCCUUCGGGAUUUUUUUUGUUCUUUCCUUCUUUGGAAUUAUGAUGUAAAUUCAUCUAUAUUUUAGUGGCGAACGCAAAUAUUUCAUUUACUUAGCUCCUUGGGAUUAAUACAAGAGAAAUUCAUAAUUUUAGCCCUUA